AUGCCACUUCGCCACAUACCACCUCAAAGACCUCUUGAGCGAACAAGAGAUGUCAAGCCCUCAAGCACCACCACCUUCAUGGGAUAAGAUUUGCAAGGCCCACCUUUCAAAUCCAAGUACCACCACUACUCUCAUCAGCUGGAGAGAGAGCGUGAUGAAGAAGAAUGGGGAGGCAUACCACCCCAUCCUGAAGUCUUGAAUGAAGAGCUAAUCAAGCAUGUGGAGAGGAAUCCUUUCUACAAUUCUACUUCAGAAUGUGCAAAGGAGCAUCUAUGCAACUUUGAGCAGCUUUGCCACGACUAUGGACUUGGAGACAACCCCAAGAAGAUACAACUUUUCCAACUAUCUCUAGCUGGACAAGCCAAAGAAUGGGCUAAGUUCAAUGCCCAACAUGCUUUCAAGACUUGGAAUGGAUACAAAGGAGCUUUCCUUACAGAUUUGCCAAAGGUCCUGUUUAUGUCCCACCACCACGCCCAAGCUAUUCACAACACCAUCCAUCAUCACCAGACAUAA